GGUGAUCCGUAAUAUAAGAAUCUGAGCUUGUGUUUCAAACAUCACUACAUUUUAGUUAUGAUUGCCUCAUAUUUCCCAAAAUGUGCUCCCAUCUUUGUCUUCUUUGUUCUGAGUGUUGGCGCCAUGGAUACUUUCAUUGCUGCAGUGUAUGAACAUGCUGUUAUAUUACCAAACAGAACAGAGACACCUGUUUCAAAAAAAGAAGCUUUGCUCCUUGUGAAUAAGAACAUAGACGUUUUGGAGAAAGCAGUUAAGCUGGCAGCCACGCAGGGUGCACAUAUCAUUGUGACCCCAGAAGAUGGAAUCUAUGGUUGGGUCUUCACCAGAGAGACCAUUUACCCCUAUCUGGAGGAUAUACCAGAUCCUGCAGUGAACUGGAUUCCAUGUAAAGACCCCAAGAGGUUUGGCAACACACCAGUGCAAGAAAGGCUCAGCUGCCUGGCCAAGGACAACUCUAUCUAUCUCGUGGCAAAUAUAGGAGACAAGAAGCCAUGCAACACCAGUGAUCCUCAGUGUCCCCCUGACGGCCGUUACCAGUACAACACUGACGUGGUGUUUGAUUCCAAGGGUAGGCUUGUGGCACGCUACCAUAAGUACAAUCUCUUUGCACCUGAAAUUCAGUUUGACUUCCCCAAGGAUUCAGAAUUUGUGACUUUCGAUACUCCUUUUGGGAAGUUUGGCAUUUUCACUUGCUUUGACAUUUUUUCUCAUGACCCUGCUGUAGUGGUUGUAGAGCAGUUUCAAGUUGACAGCGUUCUCUACCCCACCGCCUGGUACAACACGCUGCCCCUCCUCUCGGCUGUUCCAUUCCACUCAGCAUGGGCCAGAGCCAUGGGCGUCAACCUGCUUGCUGCAAAUACCCACAACACCACCAUGCAUAUGACAGGAAGUGGGAUCUACGCCCCAGAAGCUGUCAAGGUGUAUCAUUAUGACAUGGAAACAGAGAGUGGUCAGCUGAUGCUAUCAGAAUUGAAGUCUCGGCCUCGCCUUGAGUCCUCUUACCCUGCCGCUGUUGACUGGAGCUCUUAUGCCAAGAGGAUCAAGUCAUUCUCCUCUGAGCAGUCAGAUUUUUCAGGGAUGAUUUAUUUUGAUGAGUUCACCUUCACUGAGCUUAAGAGAAACACGGGAAAUUAUACAGUGUGUCAGAAAGACCUGUGUUGUCACUUAACAUACAAGAUGUCUGAGAAGCGAACAGAUGAGGUCUAUGCCCUGGGUGCUUUCGAUGGCCUGCACACGGUAGAAGGUCAAUAUUACCAACAGAUAUGCACAUUACUUAAGUGUCAAACCACAGACUUGAGCACCUGUGGGGAGCCUGUAGGGUCCGCUUUUACCAAGUUUGAAGAAUUCUCCCUCAGUGGCACAUUUGGAACGAGUCAUGUCUUCCCACAGAUUGUUCUAAGUGGGAGUCAGCUUGCCCCUGAAACACAUUAUGAGAUUUCAAGCGAUGGACGUCUGAGGAGCCGAAGCGGAGCCCCCUUGCCUGUCUUAGUUAUGGCCCUGUAUGGAAGAGUGUUCGAGAAGGAUCCUCCACGCUUAGGACAGGGACCUGGGAAAUUACAAUGACCUUUACCAGGGCCUUUUUGAGAUUAGCCUGGCAAAGAGAAAGGGGAAAGAAAAACAAUUUUGGGGUCUGCUUAGAAGAGAUGUUAUAAACUGACAGAAAUCACAAACUUAAGAUUAUAAAAGUGAUAAAUAAAUGCAAAUUUUACAUUU